UACUCCGUGGCUCUCCGUGUCAACAUGGCGGCAUCCAUGGCAUCCCAGGCUGCGGCGAGAGGACUGAGGACAGCAGCUUCUAAACACGUCCUCCUCGACAAACUCAAGAGCACCUGGUUGAAUCCCAGGAGAUGGCUGAAUCUGCAAGAGUACCAGAGCAAGAAGUUGAUGCAAGAGAGUGGCGUUGCUGUCCAGCGCUUCUAUGUGGCCGACACAGCUUCUGAGGCCCUGGAGGCUGCCAAGAGACUCAAUGCCAAGGAGAUCGUGUUGAAAGCUCAGAUUCUGGCUGGUGGCAGAGGCAAGGGUGUGUUCGACAGUGGCCUUAAAGGUGGAGUGCACUUAACUAAGGACCCUGCAGUGGUUGGCGAGCUGGCAAAUAAGAUGCUGGGUUUUAACCUGACGACCAAGCAGACACCUAAAGAUGGAGUAAAAGUUAAAAUGGUGAUGGUUGCUGAGGCCCUGGACAUUAGCAGGGAGACAUACUUUGCCAUCUUAAUGGACCGCUCCUGUAAUGGUCCUGUCAUGGUUGGAAGCCCCCAGGGGGGUAUGGAUAUUGAGGAGGUGGCCGCCAGCACCCCAGAACUCAUCUUUAAGGAAGUCAUAGAUAUAUUCGAAGGCGUGCGCGACGACCAGGCGCUCCGCAUGGCAGCUAAUUUGGGUUUCAAAGGACCUCUGCAGAGACAGGCAGCAGAUCAGAUUAAGAGGCUCUAUGAUCUGUUCCUGAAAGUCGACGCCACUCAAGUCGAAGUCAAUCCUCUCGGCGAGACUCCCGAAGGACAAGUGGUUUGCUUUGAUGCAAAGAUCAACUUCGACGACAACGCCGAGUUCCGUCAGAAGGCCGUGUUUGCCAUGGACGACAUGGCUGAGAGCGACCCCAUAGAGAUGGAGGCAGCCAAGUGGGACCUCAAGUAUAUCGGACUGGAUGGAAACAUUGCUUGUUUUGUGAAUGGAGCUGGACUGGCUAUGGCCACAUGUGACAUCAUUGACCUGCACGGGGGAAAGCCCGCUAACUUCCUCGACCUGGGCGGAGGAGUCAAAGAGAGGCAGGUGUACGAGGCCUUUAAGAUGCUCACUGCUGAUCCUAAGGUGGAGGCCAUACUGGUCAACAUUUUUGGUGGGAUCGUCAACUGUGCCAUCAUCGCCAACGGCAUCACCAAGGCUUGUCGAGAGCUGGAGCUGAAGGUGCCUUUGGUGGUCAGGCUUGAAGGGACCAACGUUCAUGAGGCCAAGAGGAUUCUGAACGAGAGCGGCCUGCCCAUCACAGCAGCUGAGAACCUGGAUGACGCCGCCAAGAAAGCAGUGGCUGCGAUCCAAAAAUAGAAAUGCCUCAGUGUAACCUCUCUGCACUCUUCACACCAUUACUUACCUUCAUUACAGCCUCAGAUCAUCAGCUCUUUUUUUUUCUUUUAAACAUGCAGACCUCCCUUACUUUAAGCCUUUCCUUUUUUUUUUAUCACCACCUCUCAAAUCAUAGUUUUCGUAGCCAUAUCACAGGUUCUAAGGUGCUGUAUCACCUCGGUAUCGCCCUUAUCUCCCCUGUGUAGUGCUAAUUGGCUGCUUUUAACUUAAAUGUGUUUCAAUUCAGAUAAAUCACUCUGUAACUUUCAGGCUUGUUGUUAUUUGACAUCGUAAAGUUGGAAAAAAUCUCAUCACAGAACAUCACAAAAGCUUUACCGUCCUCUACCAGAGAUUAGAUUGGGCCCAACACUUUGUGCAUUCCGUUUCCCGAGGUGAAAGACGUGGCUUUCUCUCUGCGUAUUAUGGGAUUUGUGUGGAAUAUUAAUUAAGAGAGGCAUUUCCAUUAUCAACUCCCCUGCUCUGUUAAAAGAAGAGCUCGACUGACGGACAGCCCGCUCAUGAGACGUGAAAUCGUUUGAUGGCACUCAGCUGAAAUGGAUUGAAGCAGUUGACUUUUAUUGUUCAUGUGAGUCCGGGUCUGUUAAUCCAUCCAAUGCCUUAUCUGUGCCACAAACCAGGUGGAAGAAAUUCCUGUGAAUUUUGUACAUCAUGUCUUAUUUGUAAAAGUGCUACUUCACUCUGAUAUACAGUGUGUUCACUGCUGCCUGUUCCAUGAAGGCUAAAGGGUUUUGUACACUGUGCUGCCAGCAAAGGUUUCAGACAGAAGGGUUGAGAAAAAAUAAUCAAAUAUAUAAAAGUUAUUUUUAUCAUGAAUGUAUAUUGAUAGAAUAUCUUGGAUACAGUGUAAAAACUGUGUAUAUAAUUUGAGAGAUUAAAAACAAACAAUUCAGAA